AUGGCCGUGGAAACACUGCCAAAUAACGAAAAGUUUAACAUGUUUGAAAAAAUUCGCGUAACUGUUCUGAUGGCUGUGUUGUUCACUGGCUACUGCAUCGAUAUAUUUUUCACUCCAGUUUGGAAUAGGUUGUCAGACCUUUUGAAGGUAUAUGGUUUGAUCUUUCGGAAGCCUUCUACGACGGAAAUUUGGAGAGAUGAUGCGUUUUUUGCAAGGCAGCGUUUGGUUGGAGUCAACCCAUUCGUCAUCAGACGUGUUUUUGAAACAGUACCCACAAACUUGUUAGAUAACCUUGAGGACAGACAGGAUUCCCUAAGCGAAGUUUUACAAAAUAGAUCUGGGAGGGAUGAUUUCACCCUUGAAACAGCCAUCAAUGAACAGAGACUUUUCAUCGUUGAUUACAGAAUUCUGGAUGGAAUGAUGGAUCAGUUCGGAGUUUGUGCUCCUAUCGCCUUGUUCCUCGUGGAUGCUAACAACGAAUUGAUGCCCAUCGCUAUACAAUUGCAUCAGUCGGGGGAUACUAACCCGGUAAAAGUUGUCUUCAAAUCUGAUUUGGGAAAUUUAUUCAAGAACUUACCUGUGUCUAUUAACCAACAUAAUUCAUUAAUUGAUUCCAUUCGGGAAGCGAGAAGUCGGCUGAUCAACAUUAAUGGAAUCGUGGACAAAACGUUGUCGAUCGGUAGAGAUGGAAUGAUCGAGAUCAUCAGACGACGACUAGAGGGGUGGAGGAUGGAUACGGAUGGAAUAUUACCGAAUGACCUUGAAAACAGAGGGGUGACAGGUAACGGUAUUCUUCCUGGGUAUUAUUACCGUGACGAUGCUCUACUUGUCUAUGGGGCUAUUCACCGUUACGUGCAGACAUGUGUUGAGAUACACUAUAAUGAUAACGGCGGUAUUGGGCAACGCACAGUAAGUGAUGAUGCACGAUUACAAGCCUGGAUAUUGGCGAUUAUUUCCCCGAGGGAACAGGUCGGUGGUGGCUGUGGAAUACUGGGUCUUCCGCUGGAUGAAAACGGUGAGACCAUAUCUACAUGUCAGCAGCUGAUAGAAAUCUUGACCUGCAUUAUAUACAUUUGUAGCGUGAAACAUGCCGUCACUAACUUUCCACAGUACGAUCAGUACGGCUUCCAGCCAGCCUACCCUGUUGGCAUGAGAGGCACUCCACCGCAGAAUCCGGCCACUGAGCUGACUGCGACAGCCAUUAUCAACGCGAUUCCAACCAAGGUUACUUGCCUUCUGGAAAUGGUAGUGAUGAAGUUAUUGAGCACAAGGAAUACCAAACUCCUGGGUGACUUUGACAAUGUAUCUUUCUCUCGCGACGUCGCGGUGACACAAUUCCAAAAUGAUUUGCAUGAAGUUGUUGAAAUAAUAGAGGAAAGGAAUAGAAUCAGAAGGUAUCCUUACAAGUGGGCAAGUCCUGACUACAUCCCUAACUCGGUCAGCAUCUAG